CGGUGUAGCUGCCGCUGCCACCAGAGCCGGCGGGGUAUCGCGCUGCUCAUUCAUCCAGCGUACUUUCUUUUCCAUUUCCACCCCUCCCUUCCCAUUUCCUUCUCCCUUUCCCCGCCAGCUUUGCAUCCAUCUCCCCGACCCCGUCACCCCCUCCUGCUUCCAUCCACCGGGGCUAUGGCCGCAGAAGAGGUAUUGCAGACGGUGGACCAUUAUAAGACUGAGAUAGAGAGGCUGACCAAGGAGCUCACGGAGACCACCCACGAGAAGAUCCAGGCUGCCGAGUAUGGGCUGGUGGUGCUGGAGGAGAAGCUGACCCUCAAACAGCAGUAUGACGAGCUGGAGGCUGAGUACGACAGCCUCAAACAGGAGCUGGAGCAGCUCAAAGAGGCAUUUGGGCAGUCCUUCUCCAUCCACCGGAAGGUUGCUGAAGAUGGUGAGACUCGGGAGGAAACGCUUCUGCAGGAGUCAGCAUCAAAGGAGGCUUAUUAUCUGGGGAAGAUCCUGGAGAUGCAGAAUGAGCUGAAACAGAGCCGGGCUGUGGUCACUAAUGUACAGGCAGAAAAUGAGAGGCUCACCGCCGUCGUGCAGGAUCUGAAAGAGAACAAUGAGAUGGUGGAGCUACAGAGAAUACGGAUGAAGGAUGAAAUCCGAGAAUAUAAGUUCCGAGAGGCACGGCUCCUUCAGGACUAUACUGAAUUGGAAGAAGAAAAUAUCACGUUGCAGAAACUAGUGUCCACAUUGAAGCAGAACCAGGUUGAAUACGAAGGCUUAAAGCAUGAGAUUAAGCGAUUUGAGGAGGAGACGGUACUGCUGAACAGCCAGCUGGAAGAUGCUAUCCGAUUGAAAGAGAUUGCUGAGCACCAACUAGAAGAAGCCCUCGAGACUUUAAAAAAUGAAAGAGAGCAAAAGAACAACCUGCGCAAGGAGCUCUCGCAGUAUAUCAGCCUCAAUGAUAACCAUAUCAGCAUCUCAGUAGAUGGACUCAAAUUUGCCGAGGAUGGGAGUGAACCAAACAAUGAUGACAAAAUGAACGGUCAUAUCCAUGGGCCUCUUGUGAAACUGAAUGGAGACUAUCGGACUCCCACCUUAAGGAAAGGAGAGUCUCUGAACCCUGUCUCUGACUUAUUCAGUGAGCUGAACAUUUCAGAAAUACAGAAAUUGAAGCAGCAGCUUAUGCAGGUAGAGCGGGAAAAGGCCAUUCUUUUGGCCAACCUACAGGAGUCACAGACACAGCUGGAACACACCAAGGGGGCACUGACGGAGCAGCAUGAGCGCGUGCACCGGCUCACAGAGCACGUCAAUGCCAUGAGGGGCCUGCAAAGCAGCAAGGAGCUCAAGGCUGAGCUGGACGGGGAGAAGGGCCGGGACUCAGGGGAGGAGGCCCAUGACUACGAGGUGGACAUCAAUGGCUUAGAGAUCCUUGAAUGCAAAUAUAGGGUGGCAGUAACUGAGGUGAUUGAUCUGAAAGCUGAAAUUAAGGCCUUAAAGGAGAAAUAUAAUAAAUCUGUAGAAAACUACACUGAUGAGAAGGCCAAAUAUGAGAGUAAAAUCCAGAUGUAUGAUGAGCAGGUGACAAGCCUUGAGAAGACCACCAAAGAGAGUGGUGAGAAGAUGGCCCACAUGGAGAAGGAGUUGCAAAAGAUGACCAGCAUAGCCAACGAAAAUCACAAUACUCUUAAUACGGCCCAGGAUGAGUUAGUGACAUUCAGUGAGGAAUUAGCUCAGCUUUACCACCAUGUGUGUCUAUGUAAUAAUGAAACUCCCAACAGGGUCAUGCUGGAUUACUAUAGGCAGAGCAGAGUCACCCGCAGUGGCAGCCUGAAAGGGCCCGAUGAUCCCAGAGGACUUUUGUCCCCACGAUUAGCCAGGCGGGGUGUGUCAUCCCCAGUAGAAACAAGGACCUCAUCUGAACCAGUUGCAAAAGAAAGCACAGAGGCCAGCAAAGAACCAAGUCCAACUAAGACCCCCACAAUCUCUCCUGUUAUUACUGCCCCACCAUCAUCUCCAGUAUUGGAUACAAGUGACAUCCGCAAAGAGCCAAUGAAUAUCUACAACCUUAAUGCCAUAAUCCGGGACCAAAUCAAGCAUCUGCAGAAAGCUGUGGACCGGUCCUUGCAACUGUCUCGUCAAAGAGCAGCAGCUCGGGAGCUAGCCCCCAUGAUUGAUAAAGACAAGGAAGCCUUAAUGGAAGAGAUCCUCAAGCUAAAGUCCCUGCUGAGCACCAAACGGGAGCAGAUCGCCACAUUGAGGGCAGUGUUGAAAGCCAACAAGCAGACAGCUGAGGUGGCACUAGCUAAUCUCAAGAACAAAUAUGAAAAUGAAAAAGCAAUGGUGACUGAAACCAUGACGAAGCUUAGAAAUGAACUGAAGGCUUUGAAAGAAGAUGCUGCAACCUUCUCCUCCCUGAGAGCAAUGUUUGCAACAAGAUGUGAUGAAUAUGUCACCCAGUUGGAUGAGAUGCAGAGACAGUUAGCAGCCGCAGAGGAUGAGAAGAAGACUCUAAACACUUUGUUACGAAUGGCUAUCCAGCAAAAACUCGCCCUGACCCAGAGGCUGGAGGACUUAGAGUUUGACCAUGAGCAGUCCCGACGCAGCAAAGGCAAACUUGGAAAGAGCAAGAUCGGCAGCCCUAAAAGCCGUCCCAGGACUUCAGGGGCUUCCUACCUACAGAAUUUAUUAAGAGUUCCCCCUGAUCCCACCUCCACAGAAUCAUUUCUUCUGAAGGGCCCCCCCUCCAUGAGUGAAUUCAUCCAAGGGCACCGGCUCAGCAAGGAAAAAAGGUUAACCGUGGCUCCACCAGAUUGUCAGCAGCCUGCUGCCUCCGUACCGCCACAGUGCUCACAACUAGCCGGGAGGCAAGACUGCCCGACUGUCAGUCCUGACACAGCUCUCCCCGAGGAGCAGCCACAUUCCAGCUCCCAGUGCGCCCCUCUCCACUGUCUCUCCAAGCCUCCUCACCCCUAGUCUUCAUCUCCUGUGGACGAACAUCUGGGGUGGAAGUUUUGUAGCCACACACAGGAUACUGCCCAAGAUCCAGCGGGUGUUUUCUUCUCAGUUGUUAGAUGUACAAUUGGAUUAAUGUCCAUCAUUUUGGAAGACGAGAGAAAAUUGAGAAGAACACGAAGCACAGACCCUGAUGUGAUAAAACAUUUUGUGGUUUCUCUGAGUCACAGAUAAACUUCUGCCAUCAAAUGGCUACAGUUCAUUUAAGUUUAAAAAAAAGAAAAGAGAAACAGGAAACAUGUCUCAGAUGGCUGGCUUUACCUCGAUAGCAUAAGAGAGACCUAAGACACGUAAAAUACAUAUAUUGUAAUAUCAUCUUUCCUCACACUCCAAAUUCAGCUAGGGAAGUUGAUUCCAAUAUUUUUGUCAUUGAUAUUUAUUUUGUACUUUGUUUGCCACAUGAUUUAUGUCUAUAAAAAUAAUUUCUCUGAAGUGAAUUUAAUUCAUUUAUUUUCAAAUAAGCAUAAUUUGCUCAAUUAAGUAUGAGUUUGAAUUUAGUUUGAAAUCUGGAAUUGGCCAGACUGUGGUCAUUUUUCUUGCACAAAAUGAUAAAUGAGGUGCAUCAGAAUGUUAACAAUAACUGUAUUUUGCUGCUACGCUGGUAUUGUUUAUGCACUUAUUUUCUAAUCAGUAGCUUAUUAACUGCUGGGUUUUGUUUUUGUAUUUUUAACUAGAGUUCUUCACUGGACAUUACUAAGUAAAUCUAAGAAAGAGACUAAGUUAUGAUUUAUUGACUUAUUCAAGUUUUGAUGGCAUCUUUUAUUUUUUCAUCGCAGUUGAGUAGAUGUACUGGUGCUGCUCCUUUGUAUGUGUGUAUGUGUGUGAUAACGUUAAAGAAGGCUCAAUAACUUGAAGGGAAAAAAAUGGUGUGUUUAUUUAACGACCAGGAUUUUUUUUACUUCUCCCAAAAUCAGGGUCCUACUGAGUCUUUCCUGAUAAAAGGUAUCAAGUACAAAUAGGAAAAUAUAUACAUACAUAGAUGUAAGAUAGCCUUUAAUUAAUUAAUUUACCCAGAGAGUGUUCAAAGUUUGAUUAAAAUUGUAUGUUUUGUUGUUGUUAGGUUUUUUCAUAACGAAUCUUCCUUGCCAAAAAACAAUAGAUAAUAAACCUUAGCUCAUUGUCUACUUUUGACAAACACUCAGGUGCCUACAAACAUUCUAUUAUCUUGAGAUAGUACAUGUUCCUGGUUAAUUUACAGAUUCUGCUGGGUAACUUUUAUGACUUCAUUUAAGGCAGUGGAUUUUCAUAGCAAAAUUUAUUUUGCACAUAAUCUGACAAACAAGGAAAACAGCUAACUGAGCUGAAAGGUCUAACACUCUUGGGCUCCUUAACCAUCAAGUGCUGCCCACACAAUUGCUCCUAGCCCUGAUUCCUUGUCUUUGUCAGGUAGCCUUAACUUAUUUAAAACCAUAAGGGUUUACCUUUUCAUGUAAAGACAUCUGUAACUUCUCUUCAAAACAAAAAUGACCCUCACUGUUAACACAAAGGAUAGUUACCAGUGUAGGGCACUGAGAAAGGAGAUCCAGGAGCCACUCAGCUUACUGAGCGGACAUGGGUGGCACAGAAAUGGAGUGGUCCAUCAGAGACCAAAUAGUAAGUCAUAAAGCACAUUGCAGGAGCUUUUGUCAGUCAUACACCUAUUAAGUAGUGGUCGCUAUUACCAAAGCAACCAGGACGUUUUGUGUUCUUUAUAUGAGUGCUAUUUUCCACAGUGUCAUUUAUUAUGCAACGUGGAGUAAAGAGUUGAAUUCUUCACCAAAAUAGGGAUUCAGGUUAAGGUACAGAAACAGAAACAAAACGAUUCGACACGAAGGUCCUAACCAUAGCAGCCUAACCUUCCGCUCUUUUCUACCUGCAUGGCCUUGCUGUUCCUAAACAUUGUCUUCAUUUCAUUGGUGUUGUGUCUGUCUGGUACCAGUAUUGGUGUGACUGUGGAUUUUAUCAGAGUUCAACGAAAGAAAGCUUACCCCUGCCCUCACUUUUUGUUUUUUUUAUUUUUCCCCCUUUGUCAAGCACCAUGUAUUUGGACCUGACAAGUGGCAUAGCUGCUAAGUUGACUUUUAAUAAAAACUGUUUGUGCCUGAGGGAAAUAUAUGCCUUUUUAAAACGUACCUCAGAACAUGUUCCUAUAUCACUGCAUCGGUUUUGUCUGGGGGACUGGGAGUUCAGCAGGAAGUACUGUGUCUGUGUGUGAGGACGGGGCAGUACUGCCGGUCGGCGAUGUUGUGUUUGCAUUCUUUAUCCCUCACUCUGGAUCUAGGACUCCAUGAAAAGCCGGGUCACACACAAAACAUGUAUUUCUUCCAAUACAAAGUGUAUUAUUAUGUCUAUUAUAAACUAGUUUCAUUUCAGUUAUUUAUCUUCAUAGAGUGGGAAAGGCUUGUUCUGAAAUACUAAUUCUAUGAAAAUAAUAAUUUUAGUGAAUCUUUGCCAAGAAGUUAUAGAAACUUGGAAAUAAAUUUCUCAUUUUCAGCACAAAAUUAAGUGAUAGUCCCUAAGAUGUAAGAGAGAAUAACAUGUAUUUACACUGUGGCAUCAUUUAGUAUAGUUUAAACUGAGCCAUAUCUCUAUUUAUUUAUAGGCAUUUAAAAUGAAUCAAUAUGUGUAGUGUUGAUAAAAAUCAGUAUCUGUAAAGAUAACAUCAGGAAUUCAAAAGGAAAUUGAAAAGUGGAAGAACUAGUGAGAACCGAAAAGAAUGAACCUCUUUAAAACUGAUUGAAGACAUACUUGGAGAGGAAAAAUAAACAGCAGAAAUACACUAAAAAAUACUGGCUAAUUAUUGCAAACACAGUGAGCAAAGAUUAAUGCUAACUAAGUAAAAGUAGUUGGCAAAGUAAACAGGUAGUUUUUUAAAAGUAAGCACAAUUACAAUAUUGAAAAGAAUAGUAUGGAGAAAUGCUUUUCUCCUGAGGAUUUUCCUUAAUCAAAAAAUAAGAAGCAGCAAUAAAUUGUCUUUGGCCUGAGUGCUGAGUCGCAUAAAUAAAGGAGCUUGGCUUGAUCUUUCUCAUCCACACAUAAUCCAUUAGAUCCCAUUCAUAUAUCCAAUUCUGGAUUCUAAUAAAAGGAAUUUGGAGAAUUUGAGAAAAAGGAAAAUUGUUAAAUAAGAGAAGACCUAUUUAGAAAUUAUACUUUAGUCUAACCAAGAGGAGGUACAAUAGUGGUCUUCAAGAAAAGAACAUUUAACAAAUGAUAGAUAUCAGCUAAGAUAUUGUUACUAAGUCUAGAAUGAAAAAGGCUUCAGUGUGAAGGAUGUAUAGUAACUCUAGGAAAGAGAUUUUUAACACUGGGAAAUUAACAUGGAAAUUGAUAAUCAUAAGGAAUAGUUGUUUUUUAAAAAUUGAAUAUCAUUGGUGGUCUAGUAAGUAUUAAGUGGCAAGAUAGGAGAAUGCAUUUCAGUUCUGGGAGCUCAUAAUCCUGUGAUUCUUUUAAGUUUUAAGAUACGUUAAAGUUUUACUGGUUAAUCAUAAAAUAUUUUGUAUUUGAAAAUAGGAUGGCAAUCUUAAUUUUCCAAGAUACUGGUUGGAAAAAAAGAAGGAUUGUUGGUAUUAUUUUUUCUUCCAGCUAUAUUCUAUGGUAUCUUUAAAAUUGUUCAGAAUAUAGUACUUUUACUAAAAAACUUCAAUUGUCGGAGUCUAGAAAACAAUGUCCUCAGGAAUACUUCAGAAAUAGAAGGUAUGCAGUCCCUCAGUGGGGGCAAAUGCAUUUCAGAUUUUGUCUUUAUUUAGAAGGAUCUUCAGUCUACAACAUUUGCUUUUUCGUGCUUUGGGAAAUAUCCUUGUGCAGAGAAGUCCUUCUGUUUGAAACAAGCAUGAAACAGUGGUCCAAUAACCUAAGAAUAUGGACAUUUCUUGAUAUUCUGUAUUAAUUAAAGUUCUCUACAUGUCUCAAAUGGAGAUCACAAAACAUGAAAAGGAAGAAAUGAAAUACCUUUUCUUCUGGGAUGAGUGUCAAUUUUAAUGUAUAAUUGUCAUAAUCAGUCAAAAGUUACAAUCUGUCCCUCAGCGACAUCGGGGGAAGCUGAUGGAUUUCCAGUAAGGAGCUGUGGUGGGUUCAACCUCAGGCUGCCACAAAUACAUUGAUAUGGUAGGUAGGAAGUAGGACUACAUUUGAAAGAAACUUAUAGGAUAAAGUUCACAAUUUAAAAAGGUUGCCCUCCAGUUUUUUUGUUUGUUUAUAAACUAGAGUGAUUUUAAGUAAUCCUUACAUUUAAGGCUGCAAAAAAUGUACAAGAAUAUGUUUUCAAGUAAAGGGAACAUAAUUCUUCAAAAAGCUGUUGAACUGGAGUUAUGAUAGGUUAUGACAGAUAGCAUGAUCAGUGCUGAUACUGACAAGUACUUUUUUAUCUUAAAUCAACUUCUAUGGAACUACAAGAUCAAUCUAGCUCCCGAGUGACCUUUUCCAUUGUCUGUAAUAAUGCCCUCGGAUGAGUUGUGUCUAAAAUUAAGUUCAUCUUUAUUUAUAUGCCAACUUAACUGCCAGAGUCCCUAAUGUAUUGCAUUUGUAACCUGAUCCUAUUAUGUUAAUACCUGAAAGAUUUCAUCUAGACAUGUCUUUCGUCCGUAUUAUUCAAAGUGUAAUUGAAAGAGAUAUUUAGUAUGUUCCCCAACUGAGAAUUUUCCAGAAUAUUCUACUUAAGAAGAAGAAGAGCAAUUAACUGCCUUUAGUGUAAGGGCGAGAGUGCAUAGAAAUAUGCAAUGUAAAAUGUUUGCAUGAAUUAUUUCACAUCAUGUAAGCUUUCCCAUAUUCAUAAGAUGAACACUAUAGAAGUCUCAUUUCUGUGUGAUCUUCUGUCCAUUAGGAGUGUAAGGAGAUUGUUAUCUAUAUCUAGUCUCCUUUCCAUAUUGAAAUGCAUGGCUCUAAUCCUUGGUGUAUUUUUAUCCCUUACUUCUCGAGUUAUUUAAAAUUUGCCCUAUUUAAACUGAAGCCUGGAUAAACUGCUGAGCCAGAUUAUUCCUGUGAUUGGAAUUUAAUUGCUGUAGAACACUCGUUGAGAACAUAUUUUUUACUUUUUUUCUUUCAGAAUUAUUAUUCGAUCAUUUUCUCUAACGAAAACACUGAGAAGUAAAUCUGGUGCUUCUUAGUGUAAAUAUGUUUUUCUUUUUAAAAAAUUAUUUUAAAACAAAGAUGAGAGAACUAUAAAGUAAGGGGAAAUAUCAUUUUAUUUAAAAAUAAUUAUUCAGUGAUAGAUAAUGGAGAUAUAGAAUGAACCAUUGGGUUCAUAGGUAUGAUUUAUGCAGCCAAUCUUAGAGGAAAUACAUCAUUUUAACAUUAUUCCCACGAAAUGUUUAAGCUCCAUGGUUUGACUAUGAGAGUCAAACAAUUAUAAUUUGAAAAUCUCAUGACAUUUUUAUAAUCUACUCUGUUUUUAUUUGCAUGAUUAUGCUUACGUGAUGAACCAUCCAUGAUUCUGAUGCUGUAUUUCUUUCCAGUAUUAACAUGUGUAUUGUGUGGCCAACCUUGAUUUGUACACUGUAGUAUUGUUGUAAUGAUUCAACUGUUCCUACAUUUAAUUGCAGUUUUAUUAUUAUGCCUUUUGGGGUUAAAUGAUGUGAAGUGUUUCCACCUACUGAUAAAUACCAUAUGAAAACGUGACUAAAAAACUGAUCUAAGAAACUUUUUUGUUGUUAUUUUUAAAAAUAUGAAUUUCAAAAGAAAUGUUCUCAAAGACACAUGCAUUUGUUUUAAAUUCAAAAAAUUCUUACGAAUUUAUUAUUGCUUGUACUUUAACUUUUUUUAUUGUAGACAAUCCUAAGUGAAUAAUGUCUCAUGGGAGAAUCCACAUAAUAUGUGCUUGUAUUUGUGUAAUCUGAUCAUGCACUCAAUGGUUGGAAAAGGCACUCCAGUGCUAAGAAAAUAACCAGAAGCCAAUAUGUCGAUACUUAUAUCUUGGUUUAUGUUACCAACUGCAUAUGGUGUAAUGCAUAACUUUUUCCAGUAAAUAAACUGGUUAUUUUUUGUUCAUUUCAUUAA